ACAGACAAGGAAACAACAACAAGAAGAAGAGCACAAGUGAAGCAGAAGCGAAGCAAAAAUAACACAACACAACAUUGUCUUCCGCCUCUCUUUCUCUCUGUUUCUUUAUCCGCUGCUGCUGCUUCUUCUUCCCUGUACACCACCAACAGCAACAGAAAAACCCCAGCUCGCAAGUUCAAGAAAGAAAGAGGAGGAGGAGUAGGGAAAGAAAAGGUCUAGGAAAUGGGAAUUUUGUAUGAUGAUGUAGUGAUAAUUAGACACUCAGAGAAAGAAGGAGACCCUGCUGUUAUCACUGUGAAUUGUCCUGACAAGACUGGUCUUGGUUGUGAUUUAUGUCGUAUCAUUCUCUUCUUUGGCCUUAGCAUUGUUAGAGGAGAUGUUUCUACGGAUGGGAAAUGGUGCUACAUAGUGUUUUCGGUGGUUGGCAAAUCAACAACAAGGUGGGGUUUAUUGAAGAAGAGAUUAGUAGGGGCAUGCCCUUCUUGCUCUUCAGCAUCUGGGAUUUCUUAUUACACUGCAGAAUUGCAGCCUCCAAGACCACCUGAUGUUUUCCUCUUGAAGUUAGCUUGUCAUGACAGAAAAGGGCUUUUACAUGAUGUGACCGGGGUUCUUUGUGAGCUUGAACUCACUAUAAAAAAAGUGAAGGUAUCCACAACACCGGAUGGGAGAGUAAUGGACCUAUUCUUCGUUACAGAUACAAGAGAGCUCCUGCAUACAAAUAAGAGAAAGGAGGAUACAUAUGAUCACUUAAGAGCUGUCAUGGGAAAUUCAAUGAUAAGCUGUGACAUAGAAAUGGUUGGCCCUGAAAUUACUGCAUGUUCAGCAGAAUCUUCAUUUCUUCCAACUGCAAUCACAGAAAACAUUCUCCCUUUGCAAAUGCCAGAUGAACUCCCCAGUUCACUAACUUCCACUAGUGUUUCUGUUAUAAUGGACAACUUGCUGAGUCCAGCUCACACCCUUGUUCAAAUUGUGUGCCAAGAUCACAAGGGUCUUCUUUACGACAUAAUGAGGACUCUAAAGGAUUACAAUAUACAGAUUUCUUAUGGACGCUUUUACAUAAAACACAGAAGGACCUGUGAGAUUGACUUGUUUAUCAUGCAAGCUGAUGGGAAGAAAAUAGUUGAUCCUAACAAGCAGAAAGCACUGUCCUCCCGUUUGGAGAUGGAACUAGUGCGCCCUCUCCGAGUAGCUGUUGUCAGCCGUGGUCCUGAUACAGAGCUGAUGGUGGCGAAUCCUGUGGAGUUAUCCGGCAAGGGCCGACCUCUUGUUUUCCAUGACAUCACUCUUGCUCUCACGAUGCUUAACAGUUGCAUUUUCUCGGUACUGAGCUACUUGCUGGCUUGGCAAUAUCUGCUUGACAUCACUUUGGCCUUUCCCUCUCAACAACUUACAGGCUGAGAUUAGGAGGCGCAUGAUUGGAGAUCGGGAAUUCGAAGUGUACAGAGUAUUACUUGAUGAAGGGGAAGGCUUGGCUGUUCCACGAAGAAAAAUUGAGGAACAAGUCUGGAAGAUGUUAAUGGGCUGGGAGCAAUGAACAAUUUCAAAUAUCCUUCCGAACAUGGCAAUGGUCUAUUGUGAAGUAUACUUAUCCCUCAAAUGACUAUUAUGCAAUGUAAAUCCUGGGCUAUAUAUCACUGAAAGUUUGAGCUGUUCCACAUCAAUCCUUGCAGCUCCUGUAACACAAACUUCAUAGCGUAACGAUGAGAACUUGGUGGCAGGAGAUAAGAUGAGUGAAGCUGACAUGGUAUUUUUACAUUUGAAAUCAUUGCAGACAGACAUGUAGCCAUGGCAUGAACAUUUUGGCAUGGCAGAUUCGUUUCUGUUGGUGGAUGCAUGUGGACGCUCAGUUCAAAACCAUUAGUACCUUGUAGACUGUAGAGCUCCUUUUUGUACAUAAAAGCUGUAUGUAGAACUUGUAGUUUGGCAGUAUGUUGUGCCAAUAGAAGGAGCUGUAAAGAAACUAUCCAUGUGAAGCUAAUAACACAUCAGUUGCACAACAAA